UGCAACUCCCACAAUGCCCAGCAACGUGUCAAGAUGGCAGCGUCUAUCAGAAGGUAAACUUGAAACGAGAAAACGCAUAUUUUAUCCAGGUACGAGCAGAUCCCGUCCAAUUUGAACCAGUAGAGCAUUUACCAUGAGGCUGCUGCUUACAGCUAUCAAGAAAUUCAGAAAUAAGUCGCUGCUAUGUCGCCGUGCGGGCCUAAGCUCCGUUUCUAAGUGUUCCGAAGACUCAGGCCAUAGAGCUGAUGCUGGGCGGCUGUUGCUGUGCGGUUCAUCUUCGGUCGUGCUGGAGAGAGUGCGCGAACACGUCGAGGUGCGUGAGGACUUCAUCAGCGAAGACGAAGAGCGAGCCCUCCUGACAGAGCUUGAACCUGGACUAAAGAAGAAACGAUACGAGUUCGAUCACUGGGAUGACGCGAUUCACGGUUACCGGGAGACGGAGCGUCUGCAGUGGAGCGCCACGUGUGAGGUUGUGCUGGAUCGAGUCAGAGGUGUGGCAUUCCCCAAAGACAGUGCGCUGCUGGGCCCAGUUCACGUCCUUGACCUGGACAAGGCAGGCUACAUAAAACCACACAUCGACAGCGUUAAGUUCUGCGGCAGCACCAUCGCAGGAAUAAAUCUGCUGUCUGAAAGCGUCAUGCGAUUGGUCAAGGAGGGCGAUUCCACUGAAUGGCUGGACCUCUUGCUACCCAGGCGGUCGCUGUACAUUCUCAGGGACCAGGCCCGAUUCAGCUACACCCACGAGAUCCUGAAAGACGAGGAGUCGUUCUUCUCGGGGAGGAGAGUACCCCGCCACCGUCGCAUCUCCGUCAUCUGCAGGAACCUCCCCGCCUAAAUCAAGGGAGUGCAUGGGGACACAUUUCACUGCAACACGAGUGGAACGGAACGCUGGGGACACGUUUUACUGCAACGCCAGCGGAGUGGCUCUUCGUUAGAUCUCAUUGGCUGUGUGCUAAUCGUACCUUAAUGCCAAAAGGGAGUGUUUGCACAAACUGGUGUGAUUAAUAUCUCAAUACAAUUAAUAUGUAUUUGUAGUAUGGCUAGGUUUUGCACAGUUGGACUGCGUCAUGACAUUAUGGUGCCUGUCUAAUUCUUUUUCAAUUUUCUUUUGCGAUUGAGUUCAUUGGAAAAAUUGAAAAUAUUUCAGAAAUGACAAGAACCGGGUUUGAGAUUGCAAAAGAAUCAUAAACACUUUUGUAAGGAGUCUUAUGAGAGGAAAGUCGCAUUUUAUUAUGUCAUGUAAUGACUGGACGCUUUUGCACUUGUUCACCAAUGGACAUGGAAGGGCUUUUCUACUGCCAGUCUGGAGACUUUAUACACAGUUUAUCUGAAAUAAUCACUCAGAAAAAAAGUCAAGCAUGUUCGUCAGCUUUAAUGAGAGCUGUGUAAUCGUACAUCGCAAUAAACAAGAUGAAAAAAAUAAAUUACAACAUGGCGCAAAACGUGUUACAAAUAAAUAAAUAAUUUAUUACAUAAA